GAGUCUCCCCCCUCCUUCUCCUCUCCAACUGCGCGCAUAGCAGCCCGCGCGGAUGCUGCGUCCACGGUCCUCAGCGCGCAGCUCAGCGAGGGCGCACUCAUCACACAUCGCAUAUAAAAUUCAAAUCACCUCGUUUUAUCACCUCUUUGAUUUUCACUUUAAUGAUUAAGCGUCUAAACCGUCCGCGAACAAAAUACGUUUUGGCAUUGGUCGGGACAGUCCUCUCAAAACGAUGUUCUCCAAAUUUUUCCUCUGCGGAUCCUCCAUCUAACCAGGCAGCAACUGCACUAUUUUAGGAUGCAUGAUCUCCGUCCGUGGUAAAUGCGCCGCUGAACACCUGUGUGAUAAAGGACGACACGAUAACAGCUACUGAGUGAAUGCAGUCGCUCAUCUGUAUCUCCCUGAAGCGCAUCCAGGAUUUUUUCCUUCUCAGCGAACCGCGGCAAUGUCCUUGGAGCAUGGCCUGGCUUCCUCACCAAUCCCCACAUCCUGCACCCUUUGAAUUUUAACGCAUCGACGCCCCAUAUCUGCAAAAUAUUCUGCUCGACUUUCUCUAUUUUCGUCCUCUUCUGUCGCUUUGUCGUUCCGCGUGUCCUGAUGGAUUGGAAGCGUCCAGAUCCCUCGUUCUGUUGACCCUUGGGGUGAAAGGGUAGAGAGUGGACUUCUCAAAAUACACAAAGUGCUGUUGUUCGACUUCCCUCCACCGAUGGAGAGUUAGAAAACUAAGAGCCACUACUGGGGUGGGAGAGGAGUGGAGGAGACAAACCGAAACCAAAAAACGAGUCAAGUCAAGCAUUGCCAGAAAUACGGAGAUCUGAAGAUCUGGACGACGGUGAAGCUGUAUAGACACGGUUAAAUCUAAAUCAAGUAUUGUGGAUUGAACACCUUAAAGGCCCAAGAUGUCUACAACGGCAACCAUGGGUGAGAUGGCAAACAGUGCGGUGGAGUUUUACCCCAAACGGAGUGGAGGUAGCGUGGAAACCAACCAUGCUGGUGACUUUGGGGUGACAUUGGAUGAGCUCCGAACCCUGAUGGAGCUGAGAGGACCAGAGGCCAUGCAGAAAAUUCAGGAAAGCUUUGGAGAUGUAGAGGGCCUGUGCCAGAGACUCAAGUCUUCCACCAGUGAUGGAUUGUCGGAUAACCCAGCAGAUCUGGAAAAGCGCAGACAGGCAUUCGGACAAAACUUUAUACCCCCCAAAAAGCCCAAGACCUUCCUUCAGCUGGUGUGGGAGGCGUUACAAGACGUUACUCUCAUCAUUCUGGAGAUUGCAGCCAUCAUCUCUCUCGGCUUGUCCUUCUAUCAGCCACCCGGACACGAGAGCGAGGCCUGUGGAAAUGUGUCAGGAGGAGUCGAAGAUGAGGGGGAGGCGGAGGCUGGGUGGAUCGAAGGCGCUGCCAUCCUGCUGUCCGUCAUCUGUGUGGUGCUUGUGACCGCAUUUAACGACUGGAGUAAAGAGAAACAGUUUCGGGGGCUACAGAGCCGCAUUGAGCAGGAGCAGCGAUUCGCCGUAGUGCGCAAUGGCAACGUCAUCCAGAUCCCCGUUGCUGAGAUGGUGGUUGGGGACAUGGCCCAAGUCAAAUACGGUGACCUUCUACCUGCCGAUGGGAUCCUGAUUCAGGCGAAUGACCUGAAGAUUGACGAAAGCUCUCUGACCGGUGAAUCAGAUCAUGUUCGAAAGUCAGCGGACAAGGACCCCAUGCUUCUCUCUGGUACUCAUGUCAUGGAGGGCUCAGGGAGGAUGCUGGUGACUGCAGUUGGAGUCAACUCUCAGACUGGCAUCAUAUUCACUCUGCUGGGAGCUGGAGAAGGGGAGGAAGAGAAGAAAGAGAAGAAAGGCAAGCAGCCAGAACCUGGUGUGGAGACCAAUCAGAAUAAAGCCAAAAAGCAGGAUGGAGCUGUUGCCAUGGAGAUGCAGCCUCUGAAGAGUGCGGAGGGUGGCGAAGUAGAGGAGAGAGAGAAGAAGAAAGCCAACGUGCCCAAAAAGGAGAAGUCUGUACUACAGGGCAAACUCACAAAACUGGCUGUACAGAUUGGCAAAGCAGGUCUGGUGAUGUCGGCCAUCACAGUUAUUAUCCUGGUCUUGUACUUUGUGAUUGAGACAUUUGUGGUGGAGGGGCGGAGCUGGUUGCCAGAGUGCACGCCCAUUUUCGUGCAGUACUUUGUCAAAUUUUUUAUCAUCGGGGUGACUGUGCUGGUGGUGGCUGUGCCUGAGGGUCUUCCCCUCGCUGUUACCAUCUCACUAGCUUACUCAGUCAAGAAAAUGAUGAAGGACAACAACCUGGUGCGGCACUUGGACGCCUGCGAGACAAUGGGCAAUGCCACUGCCAUCUGCUCCGACAAAACUGGAACCCUCACCACCAACCGCAUGACUGUAGUACAGGCCUUCGUAAAUGACCAGCACUUCCGUGAGAUCCCUGACCCCAGCCAGAUCAACCCCAACACCCUGGAGAUGAUUGUCAACGCCGUAUCUAUCAAUUGCGCCUACACCUCCAAAAUAUUGCCACCAGAUAUGGAAGGUGGUUUUCCCAAGCAGGUUGGAAAUAAGACAGAGUGCGGUCUUCUGGGCUUCUUGCUGGACCUGAAGAGAGAUUACGGCCCUGUGAGAGAGCAGAUACCAGAGGAGAAGCUCUACAAAGUCUACACUUUCAACUCGGUACGCAAGUCAAUGAGUACCGUGGUGCAGAUGUCAGAUGGUAGCUUCCGCCUCUACAGUAAAGGAGCUUCUGAGAUCCUCCUAAAAAAGUGUUCCUUCAUACUUGGUACCAAUGGUGAAGCCCGGAGUUUCAGGCCACGGGAUCGAGAUGAGAUGGUGAAAAAAGUGAUUGAGCCCAUGGCGUGUGAAGGCCUGCGAACCAUCUGCGUCGCUUACCGUGAUCUUCCCUGUGACCCCGAGCCUGAUUGGGAUAAUGAAGCUGAAAUCGUCACCGAUCUGACUUGCAUUACUGUUGUUGGGAUCGAGGACCCUGUUCGACCUGAGGUCCCUGACGCCAUUCGCAAGUGUCAGAGGGCGGGCAUCACUGUUCGAAUGGUCACCGGUGACAAUAUAAACACAGCGCGUGCUAUUGCUGCCAAGUGUGGGAUCAUUCAGCCAGGAGAUGACUUUUUGUGCCUGGAAGGCAAGGAGUUUAACCGGAGGAUCAGGAAUGAGAAAGGAGAGGUCGAGCAGGAGAGGAUUGAUAAGAUCUGGCCCAAGCUCAGAGUCCUGGCACGUUCCUCCCCCACAGAUAAACACACUCUUGUAAAAGGCAUCAUUGACAGCACGGUGCUGGAGCAGAGACAGGUGGUGGCCGUAACCGGUGAUGGGACCAAUGACGGACCGGCUCUCAAGAAGGCAGAUGUGGGUUUUGCGAUGGGUAUAGCAGGAACUGAUGUUGCUAAAGAAGCGUCUGACAUCAUCUUGACCGACGAUAACUUCUCCAGCAUUGUGAAGGCUGUCAUGUGGGGGAGAAAUGUGUAUGACAGCAUCUCCAAGUUUUUGCAGUUUCAGCUCACUGUCAACGUUGUGGCCGUCAUUGUAGCCUUCACUGGGGCCUGUAUCACUCAGGACUCUCCACUUAAAGCAGUACAGAUGUUAUGGGUCAAUCUGAUCAUGGAUACUUUUGCCUCUUUGGCUUUGGCCACUGAGCCGCCCACCGAAGCUCUGUUGCUGAGGAAACCAUACGGCCGCAACAACCCUCUCAUCUCCCUCACUAUGAUGAAGAACAUCCUGGGUCAUGGAGUCUAUCAGCUGGUCAUUAUCUUUACCCUGUUGUUCGUCGGAGAGAAAAUCUUCAACAUCGACAGCGGCCGUAACGCCCCCUUACACUCCCCGCCAUCCGAACACUACACCAUCAUUUUCAACACCUUUGUCCUAAUGCAGCUCUUCAAUGAGAUCAACGCUCGAAAGAUCCACGGAGAAAGGAACGUGUUUGAUGGCAUUUUCGGAAAUCCAAUCUUCUGCAGCAUUGUUCUGGGAACGUUUGCAGUGCAGAUUGUGAUUGUUCAGUUUGGGGGGAAGCCCUUCAGCUGUGCCCCUCUAAAUAUGGAGCAGUGGCUUUGGUGUCUCUUCGUGGGAGUUGGAGAACUGCUGUGGGGACAGGUGAUCGCAACAGUUCCCACAAGUCACCUGAAAUGUCUGAAGGAGGCGGGCCACGGGCCGGGAACAGACGAGAUGACGGAAGAUGAGCUGGCCGAGGAUGAGGAAGAGAUUGACCAUGCAGAGCGAGAACUACGCAGGGGUCAGAUCCUCUGGUUCAGAGGCCUUAACCGUAUCCAGACACAGAUGGAGGUAGUGAGUACGUUCAAGAGAAGUGGUUCGUUUCAGGGUGCAGUGAGACGUCGCUCCUCAGUGCUCAGCCAACUCCAUGACAUGCGAGUGGUGAAAGCGUUCCGUAGCUCCCUUUACGAUGGAAUGGAGAAACCCGCGUCCAGGAAUUCCAUCCACAACUUCAUGGCGCACCCCGAGUUUCUCAUCAACGACAUCAUUAACAACAUACCGCUUAUCGACGACACGGACAUUGACGACGAAUCCGAGUGGUCGAAGCACAACCACUACUUGCAUCCGGCCUUCCGAAAGCCUCCACCUCCUCCGGUUCAGCAACCGCAACGUUCCCACCCACCGCCUCGCCCCUAUCGCCAGUACAGCCUCCCCGCCACGCCUAACCGCAACAACAACGCCAUCGAGAGUGACUACCACCAGAACCUCCCCACAGACUCGAAUGGCCACAGGACAUCGCCUACCCGACAGCUCCACCCUCUUCUUACUCUGGAGACAUCUCUAUGAGUGACUAUGCUCCAGGGAGUCGGAUAAACUUUGAUGACGGAGACCUGUGAAUUGUGCAUGUUGGGCUGGUGGGGGAGGCUCCAGGUUGAAAACGAUAGUGGCCAUCACAUUACAUCACUUCCUUUUGCCACCACACCAACCACCAUCCUCAUGUCUCAACAACAGCUUCACAGGUAUCUUUCCUCUCACUGUGUGGAGAGGAGGCCAGUCUGCUGCAUGUCUGUAGUCCCUUUGGAUGGAUGUAAGUGGGUGAGAAAUCCAGACCGGAUGGACUUUCAAGUGAUUAUUUAGUGCUGGUGACUUCUCCAAAUGAAAAGGUGUAUACGUUCCCUACAAGUUGAGUAGGGGUUAAUUCAUGUUAUGUUAUAUUGAUGUUACUAAAGUCAAUCAUAAUUUGACUUAAUUUCCAUCAUAAGCGCUCGGAUUAGUAUUGCCACAUCACAGAGUACAACUUUUAUUACUUGCGAUGAAUGCUUUAUGGAUUAGCUUUAAAACAUGUAUUUUUAUUUAUUUAUUUAUUUAUUGUGUGAACACGAACAUCCUUUUUGUUUUGUUUCGCGUUAUCUUCUCCUUUCAUCUAUCUUAUCUGUCUCUGCUCUCUCUGUAUGUCUGUGUGCGUGUUGUGUCUGUCCUUAAAAUGUAAAACAGCGACAAAAAAGAAGUACUAACAAAGCAAAGAUGAUAUAAAUUCGAUGCUUAGAAUAAUUCAAUAAUAUUGUGUCUGCUAAUAUCAAAAAGGCAAAACCAUUGCAGUACUACUGAUCUUUGUUUUACAACAAAAAAAAAUAUUUUUCCUUAAGUUUAUUAUUUGAGGCCAAUUUGUAGCUUUUUUUAUUCUCACGAAUGCUGAUAUUUUAAACAUUUACUCGAACGUUCUUGUUUAAAAUAUGCUACGGGGUAGAGGAUUUGGGCAAUCCCAUUUUUAUGUUAUACAAUGGUUGAAGAAUGUUAUACAAUGUUUGUUUCCCAUCUUUGCAAUGACAAAAUGGCCUUCAAAUUUACUAAACACGGAUUGGACCGGCGAUUACGGUGGGUUUGCCCAGACUCAACAUUUAAUGGUGUCUUUUUCUUUAACAUUUAAGCCAUUGAAAUUCAUGUUGUGCAAAUGACACCAACGAAUGCAUCAACCCUUUAAACAUUUUCCAAUAAUUAUAUUUGCUCAGUACAAACAUACCUGCUGGCCCUUUAAAUACAUUCAUAUUCACACAUGCAUUGCUUUCCACAUACUGUAUCAGAUUGUGAUAAAUAUCUAUAGUGUGAACUCAAAUACCUGCAGACUGUGGUCAGAGGGCAUAAACCAAGAUAGGGAAAUCCAUCUUACUGUAUACUGCCACGCCAUAGUUAUAUCAAAGAUCCAAUGGACAAUCUUUGAGGGGUAAGCAUUACUUUUGCACAAAAUCGGGGUUCACUGUUUUGGGGAAACACCAACAUGGUGACCUGUCAAUAUAGACAUCCGCUAAUAAUGUGGGACUAUUAGUCUGCAUGUUAGCAGAGAGAACCUUUGAGAUGGAUUUGCUAUAAUAAUAAUAAUCUCUAUUGUGUAAUGACAUGCAUCUCCAUGUCAAUUUACAGUAUGUUGGAUUCAGUUACAUUCCAUCAACAUUCAGGGGUUACCUCUUUUUACACCCACUAGCCAUCUUCUGGACUGGUACCUUCAUGGUCGUAUUGCUAUAACCAGUGCAUUACAAUGUAAUACAAUCAUUUGGGGAACGAGGCUGGCACUUAUGCAACAGACUGCCCUGUCCACAGCUGUGAAAUACGCUUCACGACAUGUAUAUAGGGAUCGCAAAAAAGAAAACCUUUAUCUGUAUAGAAUUACUUUUCUAGAUUGUCCAGUAUUGAGAAACUGGCGAAUAUUGAAAGCGGACAAUGCAAGCAUGAGCGCCAUUAGAUCAUGUCAUUGCAUUGGUCAGUCUUGUCUGUGCAAAGCAUGUUAAUAUCAUAGCGCUUCUCAUUGUCAUUGUUUGACUUCACUUCUGUCUGUUUAUGCUUCACUGUAGCUUGUAAGCAGUUGGUGGACACGCGUUUCUCCGCCCAGCGCAUCUGUGCUGUCAUAACGUGGUACUGUCCAUAAUGUUCUCCUCCUGUUACCCUGCCCGGUUUUCGAUACAACAUGCGGCAAGGAUCUUUGAGGUGGAGCGGCGUUACGCUGCCAAUCUGACAUAUGUUGCUUAAAAUGGGUUGGCCUGAGCUACAAAGAAUGUAUACUAUACAACCUGGAUGUCCAAAUACAACACGGUAGCUGAACAAUACCUGUAUGACCUAGCUGGUGGAAAAGUUACAUCUGUCCACCCAUUUAAAGCAGCACUGUAACUAAACUGUUUCUGGAUGAAUGUGUCCCACCUUUCAAUUGGUUAUCAGGCAGUUCCAGUGGAGUCUCCAAUGCCGAGAGCGCUGGCAGGUCUAAGAGACUAAACCUGUUGAAAGGCACAGACCCAAUCAUCAGGUCAUAGUGGUCAGAAAGGGCAGAACUAGGAUAGAUCACUGAACAUGCUAAACAAACUUUUCAUAACCUUAUCUUAUCCUCAGCAAAGCUUAACUACCAAAAUAGGCCUCAAGCAAUGCUUGUCUUUAAAUAAUUUUGAAACUAAACUAUAUCUAAGUCGUAUACCCCAAUCAUUCAGCUCUCAAGACAUUGGUAAUAUAUAUAUAUAUUACAGUGGCAUAUGUAUGGUAUCUCUCCGUUCCACCACAACAGUCAGCCGCUUUAUCAAGAUUCAAAAUCCUGAUAGAGUGAUGAAUAUAUAUAUAUAUAUAUAUAUAUAUAUAUGUAUGUGUAUAUAUAUGCAUAUAUAUUUAUAUAACUAAAAAAGCUGAUAAUGCCAAAUUCCAUUGUCUGCCUUCAUUUUGUUACAUUCUGUUGUAGAGAACUCACGCAAGGUAAGGUGAAAAAAAAAUGUAAUGUGAAAAAGAGUAAAUAAUAUAAUAUAUUUAAUAUAAAAGUUAUAAAUUAUUGUACAACUGCACCAUGGUCAUUUUGCCAAAAUGUGCACACGUGCAUCUUUUGUUUACGAUUACAGCACAUUUUUUGUUUUACUCUUUAUUGUCUCUUCCUUUUGCUUUUUUGUAAAGAAUUAAAAUUGAACAGCUUGUACAUUAUUAUUAUUAUUACUACUAUUAUUAUUAUAAUUAAUAUUGUCUUUUUCCAGCAGUGCUCUUUUAACUGAUGGAAAAAACAAUUGCACAUUCUCCUGAACAUACACUUAUUGCUCUACAAUGGAAAAAAGACAAAAAAGAGAAAAAAUAUUAAACUAUUAAAUAUAUUAAUAAUUACCUGCCUGUUACUUAAGAGAAAAAAGUAUCUUAUCUAUGAUGAAAGAACACUGCUGUAUACUGUAGACUAAAAUGUAUGGAAAUCUAAGAAUUUAAUGGGAAAAUAAGUCAACACUUUUUGUCUGUAUAAAAAAUCUACUCAAAGUAUUCUACAAUAAUAACUUUGACCAGU